ACGAUUUCAAAAAGCUUAAGAAUUUCUUGUUAGAAAAGGGGUUUGUAGACAGAAUUGGGUAUUAAAAAAUAGUUUUUAUCAACGCUUGAUAAAAAAAAAAAACAUGGGAAAUAUUAUUAACCCAUGUUUAUAUCUUUUUUGGAAGGUCUUAUCUUAUUAUUUCUAUCUAACACGUAUUUAUAUUGCUUGUAUAUUAUAAUUAACAUUGGACAUUAAUGGAUAAUAUUGGAUACAUAAGCAAGUAACUAACCACUGGUCAAGUGAUUUGAUUUAUUUUGCAGGAAAGAAAAUGUUUAAGGAAAGAAGGAAUUCUGAUUUUAAAGACUCCCAAAAUGAAGAAUCUAUGAUGGAACUUCAAAAUUCAUGCUAUGAAGAAUUAAGAUCAAUAAUUGCUAAUGUUACUUGGAAUAAUCCUGUGAGCAAUACUCUAUUCAGGGGUAAAUUCUUAGUUCUCUUAUUAGACAAUUUACUACCCUGUUUGGAGCCCAACAGCCCAUUUAAAUCAACAUUUGUAAUUUGUGCAGCUAAAUUGAAGAAACCAUCUGAGCUGGAAAAGAACGAAACAUUUUGUGAGACUUCUAUUUCCUCUUAUGCUGGAAAUCCCUUGUUGAUACAAUUUGAAAAGCUUUUUUGCCCAGUUCCAGAGAGUAAACAGUCUGUAUCUGUGUUACAACGAUUAAAUAUGAUGUAUGAUAUAUAUCCUCUGUCAGUUGGUACAGGAAAGUAAGUAAUAAGAUCUUAAUUUUGUUUUAGGCUACUAAAACUUAGAAAAUAUA